UUCUUUUGAUUCGUCAUUGAAGUAUCGUUUAAAUAUUAUCUAAUAAAUAAAUAUUUUCGAGAAAGUGCGUACUUUAAGAGGUUAGGAUUAAAAAAGGAUGGAUGGGAUAAUUUAUUCGAUGUUUCGUUUGUAGCUUAUUAUUUGUCGAUUAAAAUCCAUUCAGAUAGAAUAUUUCGGAUUAAUUACGUGCGAUUAAAUUAUUCAAGGCCAUAUAUAUAUAUAUAUAUAUAUAUAUAUAUAUAUAUAAUGCGUGUAUAUGUAUGUAUCUCGAAGUAAAUGUUUUAUCGUGGCAAGUCAUCGAUCAAUUUUAAAAUAUACGCUUUGAAUUUUCGCGCCAUGGUAGUGAACUUGUAUCGAGUGGUGGUAGUUCAUUCGUUACCAUUUAAAAAAUUUGCUAUCGAUUUAAUCUAAUUUUUUAUUUUUAUUUUUUAUACAUUAUAUGUAAUAUUAAUAAUCCACACACACAUAUAUAUAUAUAUACAUACUCUUAAGAUUUUUAAUCUUAUUAUCAGAGCUCUUUAUCUUCGUAUAUAAUAUUACAUGCAUAUCAUCAGCGCGUAUUUAUGUUUUUGCAAAAAAGAAAAGAAAAAGAAAAAAAAAGAGAAAUACAUCGAAAGUGAAGGUGAAAAAAGAAUAUUUCAUACAAAUACAUAUAGGUAGAAUUUUUUAGAAAUGAGAAAAUAUUAAUACGAUUUAUAGGUUAUUUGAUUUAAGAGAUUAUUAUUUUCGCCAAUCAUCGCUCACCUCUAUUCCCCCCUCACCGCCUCCGUCCCAUUUCGUCCCUUCUUUUCUUUCGUCACGUGUAUCGCAUUGUUGUUUUCUAUGGCUUCCGUUCACCAAGUUAGACUCGCAUUUUCUUUCCUUAAACAGUCUCAAGGGGAACGCAGUAGUCGUUCGACGUUUUCCGGACUCCUUCCGAGAUUCUUCCGGGAUUUAUUCUACGAUGGAAGAUCUUCGUUUUGGUGUAGAAGCUCGCGUGACCCGCGCGAGGCCUCCCAUACGUAUACGUUCGCCGUAGGAGGCAAAUGUGCGGUGAAGAACGGCAGCAACUGCAGUAACAGCAGCAACUUCGACAAAAAGAAAGAGAAAGAGAAAGAGAGAGAAAGAGAGAGAAGAGUCAAGCCGUUAGCUAGAAAGCGAUAAUACGUGCGAGAACGAAGGUGACCGAAGAACGUAUCUCUUCUGUUGAGUCGUUAAUGGAGGGCCGACACGAUCUCGGAAGCUAUGCCGGCUGAGAGAGUAUUAGAAAGGGGAGACGGAAGUGGACCGACAUUGCAGCCACCUUAAGGAGUACGCGUGGGAGUUUGGAUUGGCGAAGGUUGAGAGGGUGAAUUUAGCGUAAUACUUCGUUGUACGAUGCCGAUGUCGUUCGAAGCUCAUCAUCCACAUCGCUGGUUCCUCCUCCUCCUCCUCCUUCUCCUAUCAGAUCGGCGUUCCUCAAGCGGUAGUCCCUCUCCUGAAAGAAAGUGGCCCAACAUUUAAGGGUUACCAUUGCGAAUCCACGUCGUCGCCAUGGUGGACCUCCUAUGUAGCAACUCGUUGAGCCCGGGUACGUAGAGACGACCUUGAGAGAUCGAGAACGAACGAAAAAGAAAAAGACGGACAAAGAGAGAGAGAGAGAGAGAGAGAGAGAGAGAGAGAGAGAGAGAGAGAGAGAGAGAGAGAGAGAGAGAGUGAGAGAGAGAAAGAGAGUGACAAGCAGAAUAAUUUGAAUCGAAAGACAGGACACUAUGUAAGGUGUUAAACGAGAGGACAGCCUUCCGCCCGUGAAAUCAGCGUCGAGUAAUGCUGAAGCAUAUCCUGACGGGGCAACCGUCAUCAGCGGGCUCCAGGCAUCACCACAAUGACUAUCAGACGAGCUCUGGCUCGUUGCACGCCGGCCACCAUCAUCACCAUCAGCACAAUCAACAGGAGCAACCGCAACAACAACAACAACAACAACAACAACAACAACAGCAGCAGCAACAGCAGCAGCAACAACAUUACGGUGGCAACGGUAGCUGUGGUACGAUCGCACGUGGAACGUCAUCAAACUCUGCUCGGACGAACGGUAUCGACGUUUACGAAUCAUUGGUUCAUCAAACGUCGCAAAGACAAACGACGACAGGAUCGUCGAACGUUCAUCAAGCAGCUACGACACCUUCCUCGGCUCAUCGUCAUCCAUUGAAUCAUUCGCAGUUAAGCGUUAAUAAUCUCUCGCAACGGCUCAAUCACUCUCACGCCCUUAAUCUCUCAACCCUGUCGACGUCUAAGCAUUCGGUUAACAGUGUCAGUCCGGUAGUUGGUGCCAGUAACAAUGUCAACGGACAGAAUAACAAUAAUAAUAACAACAACAAUAAUAAUAAUAAUAAUCUGUCGAGUGUGCCAGGUCAGACGGUCGUCGGUGUUCAAUUGCCGAUUCAUCAGGAUAGACCGAAGGCGAACGGUGGCUUCGAUAUAUCGAGAUUAUCUAGAUUACCUAGCCAAACGACACCUUCCCCAGCACCUGUUCUUCAUCAGUCGGCAUUACAGGCCGUCCAACAACAAAUCGGACACGCUGGACCAACCGUCAUACCUCUUAACGCCUCGUGGUCAUCCUCAUUGUCGAGAAAUCAUAGAUGCCACGAGGCAGGCGUUAAGGAGAUGUUAACGAGCCUUGGAUUACUGUGUUUGGUAUCUCUGUUGCUCGCUCUACUUUCCCUGAUCUUCCUAUUGAAGAUUUCACCAUUGACGGUCACGCCGAGUAGCCUAAUCAGCCCGGAGGAGUACACGAUCGUCUACGAGGUGACCUUGGCUUUAUGCGCCCUCGCUCUGUCCUUGAACCUGUGCUGCCUAUUGGUCUGCGCGAUACAGUUCCUCUUUGCUGUUAAACUCGUCAAGACGUCGUAUCAGGGACAUCGGAGCAACAAGUACCUGCAAAAGUCGUCUAUCAGCCGUGUCUGCGCGGUCGGAGGCUUUUUCAUUAGCAUUCCAGUCUUCUUAACCGGCAUGAUCCUGUAUACGUUUAUACAGUUUCACUCGACGCCGGCUAUAGUAACGUCUGUCUUUAUCGGCCUCGGCAUUGUAUUCUGCGGAUGCGCCAUGGUCCAUAACGUCUUCGUGUGGCAGAGGGAGAAGACGAACGCGGUGAAGGCGCUAGCUCGCGAACAGUGCGAAGCGGCGGCUCAACUGCAACGUCAACAAUUACAACAAUUACAACAGAAUAAUAAUAAUAAUAAUAAUAAUAAUCACAAUAAUCAUAAUCAUCAUCAUCAUCAUCAUCAUCAUCAGUCACAUCUACAACAACAACAAUAUCAGUUGCAUCAGCAACAGCAUCAUCAUCAUCAUCAGCAGCAGCAGCAACAGCAGCAUCAGUUACGGCCGAGUAUUUAUCAUAGCGGAGGAUGCCCACCAAAAAUUGGUUCUUUAACGGGAACGAAUUCUAAUACUACGUUGGCCCAUAACAAUGCUGGUAAUAAUCGUGGCUCGCAGUAUCAGCAGCAACAGCAACAACAACAGCAACAGCAACAGCAACAACAGCUGCAGCAUCAGCAGCAGCAACAGCAGCAUCAUCAUCAUCAUCAUCAUCAUCGACACAUGUCGUCGCCGAUGUCACCGCCAUUGUUGUUGUCAUCGACGAAUGCUCCGCUGGCAUCUACGCACAGCCUUUUAAAUGUCACCGGUACGAAUCGUAAUAUAGUAACACCACCUACGACCCCUGGUGACAGGUCACCACCGAGUCCAAGCAAUAAAUUCAAUAGGUCUCAUUUAACGAGGGAGACUAGUGGUAGCGUAAGUCCUGGUUUACCGGCAGCUACCUUAGAUCUUAGCAGUGCUGCCAACACCAACAGCCCUCAUGAAUUGUCUACGCUCGUGUAAAUAAUCGAGACAUUUAAAGGAUUAAUUUCUUUCCAUUCGAAACGACUUUUUGAAAUUUUCUUCUUCUUCUUCUUUUUUGUUUGUUUGUUUGUUUGUUUGCUUGUUUCUUUGUUUGUUUGUUCUACUAACAUCAUUGGAUAUAUGUAGGUGUGCGAAUGGUGUCUUCUUGUCGAUUACGAGACACCUAAGAACUAUAUCUGACUGAUAUUAUAUAUCCUCGAUUUUCUCUCUCUCUCUCUCUCUCUCUCUCUCUCUCUCUCUUUCUCUCUUUUUUUUUUUGUUAAGUUUCUAUAAUAAUCGACAUACGUGAAUUUCUCUUUCCUAUCGUAAAAUAAAACGUAUAUAUGUAUGUAUACAUGUAUGUAUGUAUCUAUGUAUGUAUCUAUCUAUGUAUGUAUGUAUCUAUCUAUGUAUGUAUGUAUCUAUGUAUGUAUGUAUCUAUCUAUGUAUGUAUGUAUGUAUGUAUGUAUGUAUGCAUGUAUGUAUGUAUGUAUGUAUGUAUGUAUGUAUGUAUGUAUGUAAUCACUAUAUGUAUUUACUCAAGUAAGUACGUAAUUUUGUGUAUUAAUACCAAUCGACAAGGACUUCCUUGCCGCCUCUACAUAUAUGCGUUUACGAUUAAUUAUUAUUCGUUUAUCUCGUGGAGAUAAAAAAAGGAAAAAAAAAGAAGAAGAAGAAGAAGAAGAUAAAGGAAGAGGAAGAAAGAAGAAAAGGAAAAACAAAAAAGAAAAAGAAAAGAAAGAAAAGAAGAAAAGAUAUAAGAAAAAGAAGGGACAAUUAAAAGAAUAUUUUAAGUUUCGAUUUCAGCUGGUACCUGAUUUACGUAUGUCUCAUUUAUACGUCGCGUUUAUUAUCUUUGGAAUCCGUAAUAUGCGAUUGAAAUCACUUGUUUUUAUUUAUUUAUUUUUCAUUUCUUUUCUUUUCUUUUCUUUUCUUUUCUUUUUUUUCCAACGUAAAAAGACGUUCACCUUGUACAGUGGUUUAUCUUAUCGAAUAAAGAGAUUUUAAUGUCUCUUUUGCUUCGUAUCACGUUAAUGCGAUGGUAACAUCGUUUUAAUCUCUCUUAUGUUAUUUCGCGUUGGUGCUGGCACCACGAUGAAGUAGAGAAGACUGUUCGAUAUGUUCGACGAGAGAAAAGAAAUGAAAGAAAAAGAUAAAGAGAAAAGAAAAAAGAACAGAAAAAAGAAAAAGAAAAAGAAAAGGAAAAGAAAAGAAACAUUAUCAAACGUAAUAAAUAAAAUCAUUCGGUUCCAUUUAUCAUACGGAUUAUCAUUAAAGAUACACACACAUACACAUAUACACGCAGAUACAUACAACAAACACGCGCGCAUAAAAUACACAUACACAAAGCAUCACCGUGAGAUAAACGAAAUAUGUUUAUUAUAAUCGUUCGUCAGAUCAUUAAAUAGAUUUAAUGAUAUUUUUUCGUACAUACAAAACGAAUUUACGAAAUUGGACUUUACUGUUGGCACGUUAUAUCACUCCGAUUUAUUUCAAAAUGAUCUUUAACAUACCUCAUCUUCGUAAGAUAACAUAUAAAUACAUACGUAAAUACAUAUAAACGUGCAUUUAUUCAAGAUAUUACAUUUUUUUCUACGAAUGUUUGAUACUUUUUUUGUUUUUUUUUUUUUUUCUAUUUCCUUUUUUUUUUUUUUUCUCUCUCUCUGUUCAGUCACGAUCAACGAAGGAUUCUUCUUUUUCACUGAGAACGCUGCGUUUAAUCUAAAUAGAAAAAAGAAAAAAAUAUAUGGUAUACUUUGAUUCAUUUAUAUUUUUUUAUAAUUUAUAAGUUUUUUUUUCUUUCUUUUUUUUUUUUUUUUUUUUUUGAAGAGAGAGUCUCAACGGGUACUGACGUAUGAUAUACCUGUUGCAUAGCGCACGUGCAACUUUAUACAAUCCAUUUUGUAAUUUUUACGAAUCGUAUAGUUUAUAAUUAAGUUAUACGUAUAAUUUAAGAAAAAUAAACGUGGGGAUAGGGGUGGGGGGAGGGAGGGGAAGAAAAAGAGAGGGGAAGGAAAAGAAAUGUCAUUGCGAUCUGUCGAACUGUCAAUUCGAUGAAAAAGAAAAAAAAAAAAAGAAAAAGAAAAAGAAAAGAAGUUUGUUUGUGUUUUAUCAAAACAAAUAUUAAUUCGAUUCGCAUUCGAAGAGAUAAAAAUAAUAAGGAUUAAUAAUACUGAGAGGGUUGUUGUGUGUAUAUUGAAAAUAUGAGAAUGAUUGUUAAUCGAGGCAUCGCUCGUUAUUUAUAUUAUAUACGAACGAUGAUAUGUUGAAGAAAGAGAAAGAGAGAAAAGAGAGAGAGAGAGAGAGAGAGAGAGAGAAAGAGAAAAGAAAUGUAAAAAAGAAAAAUGGUCGUGCAGUUUGGAAAGGUGAGACACGCAUACAUAUGUAAUGUAAGGUAUUUUACAUCUUGCCAUCUUUUUUUCUUUACUUGUGUUUAGUAAAAAUCUCUAGUCCUAGGUCACUUUCGUUAAUGAGAAAGGCUUAGACCUUAGAAUUUUGACUAUCGCUUGACUGCGCGAUUAAGUAUUUUUUUUUAUUUUUUUUAUUUUUAUUUUUAUUCUUUUUUUUUUUUUUUUUUAUAUAUAUAUAUAUAUUCGUUACAAAGUUGGAGGGCGGUUAGGGUGAGGGUGGUAAAGGUGAAGGAGAGUAGCCCUCAAUGCGAAAUCUGAUAUAUGAUAACAAUUAUUAUUAUUAUUACGACGGUUUUUUUUUUCUUCUUUUUUUUUU